GAGCGGACCGGGAGGGAAAGUGCCGAUUGCACCCCGCGAGGCCGCCAGGUCAAGGCAGGGAAAGAAUUGGAGCGGUGCCAGCGGCAGGCAGAAGAGGUGACGGAAAUCAUGCUGAACAACUUCGACAAGGUCCUGGAGCGUGAUGGAAAACUGUCAGAGCUGGAGCAGCGUUCAGACCAACUCCUGGACAUGAGCACAGUCUUCAGCAAGACAACCAAGACCCUGGCCCAGAAGAAGCGUGGGGAGAACAUCCGUUGCCGGAUCUACUUGGGACUGGUGAUAGGCGGUUGCCUGCUUGUCAUCCUGAUUGUGCUACUGGCCACCUUUCUCCCACAGAGCAGCGAGGACAACAGUGCCCCGUUGGCCCAGGACGCAAGUGCUACGUCAGGGCCUUAAGACUGAAAUGGCUGGGCCUGAGAGAGGCUAAAUGGCUGCACUGGCCAGCUCUGGUCUCCCAGGGCUGUUUGAUCCCAUCUGAGCUACCCCAGCGAGGGCCAGAGGGCAGCCUUGACAUGUGCACCUUUACAUAUCCCAUCACACCACAGACUUGCCCUUGAGGGCAGCCCACUGUACUGCACUGGCCAUGCCAGGCCAACCCUACCUGGAACUCAGUAAA